AUGCCCGGAAGACUAGAAGGAAAGAAUAUCAUUAUCACUGGUGCCGCUGGUGGUAUUGGGCUAGAGGCUUCAAUUCUCAUGCUGAGAGAGGGUGCCUCCAUCCUAAUGACAGAUCUCAAUCAAGAAAUCCUCGACAAGGCGCUCGAACGAGUGAGAGACGUCGUAGCAAACUCUUCCGGACAUCUCGAAACUCGCGUCGUAGACGUCUUAAACGAGUCCGAAGUCGAACAGGCCGUCAAUCACCUAGACAGCUGGGGCGGCCUCGACGUCAUCUUCAACAACGCUGGCAUCAUGCACCCCCGUGACGGCGACGCGCACGAGUGCCCCUCCGAAAUCUGGGACAAGACGUUUGACAUCAACGUCAAGGGCGUCUGGUACGGAAACAAGCAUGCAGUGAGGUCCCUCCGGAAGCACGGCAAGACAAAGGGUAGCGUCAUCAACACCGCCAGCAUGGUCGCCAUCGUCGGAUCAGCCACGCCGCAGUUGGCGUAUACCGCGAGCAAGGGUGCGGUCAUGGCCCUGACUCGGGAGCUGGCAAUUGUUCAUGCCAGAGAAGGUUACCGCUUCAACACCAUUUGCCCGGCGCCAUUGAACACUCCCAUGCUUCAGGACUUCUUGGGCGACGACCGUGCCAAGCGGUUCCGGAGAGAGGUACACUUUCCCACCGGUCGCUUCGGCGAGGCCAUCGAGCAAGCGCAAUCAGCUGUUUUCCUCGCCAGUGACGGGAGCAGCUUCGUAAACGCACAUGACAUGGUUGUGGAUGGCGGAUUGACUAAGGCUUAUGUGACCCCAGAGGGACCAGCAACCGAGGCGCCGCGUAAUCUGGGAAAGAUCUGA